AUGUUCAAACUUGUGGUAGUAUCUGCUUUCUUGGCCGUAGCCGCAGCUGCUCCUUACCCAGGAUACGUCGCAGCACCAGUAGUCCACGCCGCUCCAGUGGUACAUGCUGCUCCAGUUUUCCACUCUGCUCCAGUUGCAGUUUCACACUCCAGCUCCCAUGUGGUUCACUCUGCUCCAGUAUUGAAAACUGUAGUAGCUCCUGCACCAGUUGUCAAAGUAGCUCAUGCUGUACCAGUCGUCCACUCUGCUCCAGUUGUUAAAGUUGCCCAUGCCGUACCAGUCGUCCAUGCUGCUCCAGUAGUGAAAGUGGCCCAUCCAGUAGUCCACGCUGCUCCAUUAGCUGUUCAUGCUGCUCCAUUACACACUGUUGUAUUAUCCGCUCUCUUGGCUGUAGCUGUAGCUGCUCCUAAACCUGGAUACGUAGCUGCUCCAGUUGUUCACACCGCACCUGUGGUUCAUGCUGCUCCAGUUUUUCACUCAGCCCCAGUGGCAGUAUCCCACUCCAGCUCCCAUGUGGUCCACUCUGCUCCAGUAGUUAAAACUGUCGUAGCCCAUCAUGCUCCAGUAGUCAAAGUUGCCCACCAUGUGCCAGUCGUCCACUCUGCUCCAGUUGUCAAAGUAGCUCAUCAUGUUCCAGUAGUUCACUCUGCUCCAGUAGUGAAAGUAGCCCACCCAGUAGUUCACGCUGCUCCAUUAGCUGUUCAUGCUGCUCCUGUCCACACUGUAGUAGUAUCCGCUUUCUUGGCCGUAGCAGCAGCAGCCCCCGGAUAUGUGGGACAACCCUUAGUAGCGGCUCCAUUGGUGCACUCGGCUCCAGUUCUGCAUUCUGCUCCAGUGUUCCACUCAGCACCUGUUGCAGUAUCUCACUCAAGCUCCCAUGUGGUUCACUCUGCUCCAGUAUUGAAAACUGUCGUAGCCCCAGCUCCAGUAGUCAAAGUUGCCCAUCACGUGCCAGUCGUCCACUCUGCUCCAGUUGUCAAAGUAGCUCAUCAUGUUCCAGUAGUUCACUCUGCUCCAGUAGUGAAAGUUGCUCAUCCAGUAGUCCAUGCUGCUCCAUUGGCUUAUGCCCAUGCUCCAGUACACUCUGUCUACCACCAUUCUUUCAAGCAAUACAGAUCUUCUCUGAGAAAAUCUCAAAACAAUUUAUCCAAAAUGUUCAAAUUGGUAGUAGUAUCCGCUUUCUUGGCCGUAGCAGCAGCAGCCCCCGGAUAUGUGGGACAACCCUUAGUAGCUGCUCCAUUGGUGCAUUCCGCUCCAGUUCUGCAUUCUGCUCCAGUAUUCCACUCAGCCCCAGUAGCCCACCAUGUGCCAGUCGUCCACUCUGCUCCAGUUGUCAAAGUAGCUCAUCAUGUUCCAGUAGUUCACUCUGCUCCAGUAGUGAAAGUUGCUCAUCCAGUAGUCCAUGCUGCUCCAUUGGCUUACGCCCAUGCUCCAGUACACUCUGUCUACCACCAUUAGACUAUUUCACAAGCAUAUAUCAUGUUCU